AUGGCCGACGAAUUCCACGACGACCCCAUCGAGGAGAAGCAGUCUGCCGCCGGUGGCGAUGUGGAGAUGGGCGAUGGCGCCGGGGAAGGGACCAUCGAGGACGGCAACCCGGACGCCACUCAACUGCCCUUUGCCGAGGGUGGUGAUGGCCCCGAAGUCGAGCAGCGAAUCCAGUUCGUCGACUACCUCCAGAGUCCCAUUGUGACCCUCAUAGUCGGCGACGGCGGCGCUUCGACGGUCCUCACAGCCCACCAGGCCCUGCUCACACAAAGCGCCUACUUCGCCGACGCUUGUGCCGCCUUUAGCGACGAUGGCAGUCCCCGCCAGAUAGAGCUUGCCGCCGACAAUAUCGAUGCCGUCGGCUGCUUCCUAGAGUUCCUGUACACCGGAGACUACUUCCCGAGAAAGCUGCCCGGCCAGCGCGUGCUCGAGUCCGACCCCUCCCUGCCCGACGUUGACGAGACGGGCGACCAGCUGCUGAAGCAUGCCCGCGUCUACACCAUGGCCGAGAAGUUCGGCAUGGGCAAGCUGAAGGGCCUGGCCACGAGCAAGAUCCACUGCGUCAACUCCACCGCCAAGGGAGAGAUUGCCUACGCACGCUACGUCUACGCAUACACCGGCAAGGAAGACAAUUCCAUCCGCGCCCCCGUUGCCAACUUCUGGGCGACCCGCAGCCACACCCUUCGGGCCGAGGCCGAGGAGGAGUUCCGGGGGCUGUGCCUGGAAUAUCCUCAGUUCGGUUACGAUGUACUCACACGCGUAUUGGACGAGAAGCUCAAGCGCGAUGGCCAGACCAAACUACAUCCAGGUGCAGGGUCUGGGCGCAAGAGACCACGACACAACGUGUAG